CCGCCUGGGCGGCCCCGGCUGCCGCCGUGUGCCUCCCGAGGGCGGGGGCCGCGCUGGCGGAGCGCUUUUCGACGCCGUUUGUCUCCCGUCUCUUCCCGUUCGCGGGAGCAGCUGCUGCUGCGCAACCCCUUCCCCGCCAGCCCGGUAGCUCCAGUGCCGUCGCCUCCUCGCAGCCUCUCACGGCGCGGCCCGGUGAGCUGAGCGGGGCCGGGGCGGCGGGAGGCGCCGCAGUCGCCCGUGGGGCCGAGCCACGCCCGGGCCGGGGGGCGCGGGGUGAGCGCGGCGGUGCGGACACCCGCCCGCAGCCGGGGGAGCGGCCGGGCUGUCCGUCCCCGGGUGAGCCCGGCGCCUGCCUGAGAGGCAGCCCCGUGCCUUCCUACCCAGGGUUAACUCGGCGGGGCCGGUCGGGCCUGGUCGGGCUCGGGCGUGUCCGGGACAGCGGCUGCUGUAGUGCGCACACAGCCUGGUGUCCCGCGCUGUCCUGGGACAGCGGCACCCUAUUCCUGCUUGUUUCGGUCUUUACGUAGUGCAACAGCUAGUGCCCGUAUGUGUAAGAGCAUGAAACAGGCCGCUCUGACUUUGGGAUCUCUUGGAGAAACGAGAUUACGCACGCUUACGCGUGAUGUCCCAGUGACCCGCCAGGUCUGUUCCCUGUCAAAGCCAUUUACGCACUGCAUAUCCUAGCUGUGCCUGGACGACCUGUUGACUUGGGCAGCAUGCAGCAGGGGGUUUAGCAAGUCCAGAAAUUUGUUGCAAGUAACUUCUUUUUUCUAAACUUCCGUUUAUUGGUUAGUCUUGGUACAAAAGUGUCACACUGGCCACCCUCUGACAUUAACUUCCAUCCUACGGAAACUGUUCACACAAGGGCUGAACUGGUAGAAGAGUUUGUAGACGAGAAGGAGAUCCAGAGAAGCAGAUGUUGCAUCUUUCUGCUUCUCUUCUUUGGCAGCCUGGAGACAGUUCUUUAAAUUUUCUGUCUCCCCAUCCUGAGUGCUAUUUUAUUGAGAAAUGUUGAUGAAGUAGGUUUUUUAAAGCAUUUUUCUUUAAUUAAAAAAUUAAAAAUCGUAAUUUCUUUAAUCAGAAAUACUUUGGAGAUCAGAAAGUAGCAGCAAGUUUUUAAAGCACACCCUAAUGUCUUUGUGGUUGUCUCUCUGUCUGGUAAAGUGUCAGUUCCUCCUUUUCUGGGAACAGGAAGUCGGGGUAUGAACUCCUGUUGGCUAGGACAGCUCAUUUAGUUUUUCUCUGUCAUCCUCCUACAAAGCUGACACUCACCUAAUUUUUUUUAAGACUGUCAGUAACUGUUGCUGAAGUUUCAGUGCCCUAGUUUCUUACUGCAAUAUAAUUAUUGUAAUUUUCAUGGCUGCAAUGUUCCGAAGGGGUCAUAGGUGAUUUUUGAAGAAAAGGCAUUGAUAAUCACCUGUGCUGCUGCACUUAUUUUCUCAUUUUUAUGUAUUUGUGAAUGAAGGGCAAGUUAGUUGAAAUUCUAGACCAGAUUUCAACAGAAACUUAGGGGAUUGUGUUUAGUUCUUCACUGUGAACACAUGAGAAUUUUUAAAGGAGUCCUACUUCAUGUUUUUUAGCAAUCUUUUUGAAGACAGAAUGUCUAAAAUGUAAUAUAUUAUACAAUUUGGACUUUAUAAGAAAUUUAGAUGAUUUAGAUAAUUUUUGUAAUCUGUCUAGUCUUCUCAGCUGGUAAAAUUUUAGUGAGUUCUGUGUCCAGAACUUGCAUACAGCAAGAAUAGCUGACCCAUUUGAAGGAGUUCACAAAAUAGCAAUAGCAGUUGGAGAUCAAGAAAGCAUUAUCUCUGAGGAAAAAGAGAAAGAUUUAUUUAGGUCAAAGACAAGACUGAAGCUAAUAUCUAAUAAGUGUUUAAAGUUUUUAAAUGUUCUGCACAAAAGAAAAGGAGCAAUUUUGUUCUCUGUAUUAACAGCAAAUAAGGGAAAUUAGAAGAAACUUCCAUUUAAGUAUUAGGGAAAGAGUUAAUAAUAAAAGAUAAGAAGACAAUUAAAUAGUUUGGGAAGGCUGUAAAAUCUUCAUUAAAGUUCUCUAAGAGAUUAGACCAAUAACUUCCAAGAAAGGGAACUGAGACUGACUUGGAAAGGAAGUCUUAGGACUCUGGUAUUGGUUUUACUGGGACUAAAUAAUAAACAAGAGUGAAGGUCAUCAGACAAUAGCUGUGGAAAAAUAUAGGCUUUUAAACACUCUGAUGCUAAAACACAUCCGUAUGCUACUUGGAAGGCAAGCAUGACCUCACACAAAGCAACUGACCUGAAAGCAGUUCAGCCAUGCGUGACCUAGUACUAAGAUGAAAAGGCCCACUCAGGGCCUGACAAUAUUUUCAGAGUUCCAAAUGAAAAACUUUUUAUCUUCAUGUAGGCACUUUUUGCUGAAGGAGAGCAAGACACUAUGGUUAAACUGCAUUUAACUAAACAAAAAAACUUCAAAAUCUUGUGUUCAAAUGCAUUUAUUUGAACUUACGUGCAAAACAAAAGUGCAUGCCUGUGUGAUAAAUGAGAAACAGGAUGUGUGUCAAAACCUCUGCAAUGUGUUAGCAUGCAUCUGUACAGUUUCUUCUGUCCUUUGUGAGGUUUGCAAAAGACACACACAUGCAGAUUUUUAAUACACCUUCUUACUUUUUAAAUACUCCUAGGCCAGAAGAACACUUCAGCCUGCUGUACUGUAAUAUUUUAAAAAGUAUCCACUCACUUGAGUUGGAUUUUUCCCAUGUAGUUCACUAUCAGCACUCUUGGUUUCACAAAACGCAUCAAAGUACAACCAUGCUAUGUGUGUCAAAACACAUAUGCUAUGUACUCAUUUCUCUUAUGUAAGUGUAAUUUUAAAUAAAAGGUAUAUGCUGAACUAAGAAGAACUUCUCAAAGGGUAUAACUAACUAAACAAAAUAAAUAAACAAAAGACCUUUUAUUUUGCAGUAAAGCUUGGAAGAUUUUAUAUAGAUGAGGAGGAUGUUUACAUCAGCUCAAAUGCCAGUGAUCCUUGGAGAGCCUUUGUUUGCACGAAUUGAACCUGGUCUUUUAAAUAUAGCAGGUGCAUUUAUUCAUCAGUCUUUUAUCUGAUUGCUGAAAGGUCUAUCACCAAGUGGUUUUUGCCCUGCUCCAGUCAUCAGCCUCAAAUGAAGCAGCUGUUCAAAAGAUAGCAGGACAUCCUCUUCUCUAAGGGGAACAGAAUGUAUAUAGAGACUUAAAUAUAUCAUUUGGAUGAUAAAAAAAUACAGCAUAAAAAGUGAUGCAAGGUCAACAUACAGAGCUGCAAAAUCCCAAGCUGACAUAAUGAACAACCAAGAGGCUGGUGUUCUGUGUUGCUGGAGAUGUAGGAAAUACAUAGCAAAUUCUGUUUUUCUUGCAAAAUGUAAUGGGAAAGAAACAUCUCAAAUAUCGCGAUCUUCAGCUGCUGCUCAGAAAUGUUGCAGUGUAUGGCAUGUGAGCUUAGAAGCCAUUCCAGAGUGGGUGAAAUGUGUCAUUGAAAAGGCACAGUGGACAAUUGGAAAGCUGCAGUGUCCAUUCUGUGAGGCCUACUUAGGGGGCUUUAACUUUGUUUGCAACAAAGAAUGUUCCUGUGGACAGUUAGUAAAUAUACAUUUCUUCAAAACUUGGACUGAGCAUCAGCCACCUUUCUCUGUUAAAUUGUCAAAAUCAUCAGAGAAACAUUUGCUUCUCAAAAUUCAGUCUGGUUUUAACAAGGAUACCUACGAUGAAGUGGUAACUGCUACUUUGGAAAUCAUAAAUCAAGGGCUUUCCUACACCACUGGAAGUUAUAAUGGUGCUGGAAGAUUAACAGAAGCACUUUGUCUAGAAGUAAGAGCUCCCAUAUAUGAGAUAGAAAGUAAAAAACAUCCCUUAAAGGCAUUAAAUCAAAAAAGAAAUCUCCCUUUUUCCUAUCCUAUAAAAGAUGCAUGCAUUGUAAAACCUUUUCAUAGAAGAUCACAUAGCUUGGAAUUAAGUAUCAGAGAAAGACUUGUUUUGUCGCCUGUGUUAUAUGAAACUUGCAGCAUGGGAACAUUUUACUGUGGCCAAAAUGAAAAUCCACCCACUUACAUACAAGGAAGCUUGCAAUUAGAGUCCAGUAGGAAAGAUAGCUCUUUUCAGGAUCUGUAUAGUUCCAGGGCUGACAUACUAGAAAACCAAUUUCAAGUUACUUCUGUUACCACAUUACUACACAAAGACACUGAAAGUGAGUGUGAUUUUGAAGUCACUGGACAAUCUUCUGGGAGUGUCAUUGCUGAUGGGUCACCAUUUGUGAUGAAUCUUUCCUUGGCUACAUGGGCUGUAGAAGACAAACAAUACAUCAUGCCUGGUGGUCUUGUGCAGCCUAUGAGUAUUUCCUUCAACCAAAAGCUGAGUAAGGGAGAAAGAAACAAGUCGAAAAGCCUGAGGAGAAAACAAAGAAGGGGAGAGCAAUGUCUACAGAAGCAACCUGCAAAUGAUAACCUGCAUACAGAUGAUGAGCAUGAACUCAGAGGAGAUAAAGAAAGCUAUCUCUGUGCUGUGUGCCUGGAUGUUUAUUUCAACCCUUACAUGUGCUAUCCGUGCCACCAUAUCUUUUGUGAACCUUGCUUAAGGAUGCUUGCCAAAGACAAUCCAGCCAGCACUCCAUGUCCACUGUGUCGCACUACAAUUGCCAGAGUCUUUUUCCAAACAGAUCUGAAUAACUCUACCAGAUCUUUUUUCCCUAUGGAAUAUUUGAAUCUAAAGGAAAAUUUUCAAAAAUCUAAUUCUGCUAAAUGGCCUCUACCAAGCUGCAAGAAUGCAUUCAGAGUUUUUGAAGGUUUUCGAAGGCACUCAAAUACUGUAACAAGGAGGCAUUUCCCACAUGCUGCUCACAGGAUGGACUUCAUGGACUUCGAGGAUGAUAGCCGUGGAUGGCGGUUUGAUAUGGACUUGGUGAUCAUCUACAUUUAUUCAGUCAACUGGAUAAUAGGAUUUAUUGUUUUCUGUUUCCUUUGUUAUUUCUUUUUCCCUCUUUAGGCUGCAGGAAUAACAGUUAAGGAAAAAGACAGGUGAACAGAAAAAAUGUGAAUAGAAAAAUAUUGAAAAAAGGUAAAAUGUUUGAUACUGCAUUUUUAUAAUUCAGAAUUGGAAUAGACUGCAUCAAGCAUGCUGUGAAGCUGUUUGAUACUUCUCCUAUAUGUGACAAAGUACUUGAGUUUAGUUACAAAUGUAAUGUGAAAUUCACCUCAUACUUCAUUCAGUGGGAGUUUUGUCUUUGGGAGAUUUUGAUGGGAAAAGAAUUUACCCCUAAUUUAUAAAAUGAUUACUCUGUAGAAGUACUCCCAGUUUUAAGGGGAGGUCUGUGUACUACAAAAUAAUGUAAUCUAUAGAGUCAUUUAGGGGUUUGACUGUGUGUUGACACAUUUCACUCAAUCAUUGGUGCUUCAAUUCCUCAUAUAUAAAAGCAAUAAAGAUGCUUCUCAUUAUUACUCAGAUCUUUUGGAAGCAGGAGAAAUGCUGUACCAUGCAUUAUAUACACAUUCAUCAGAGCUAUUUCAGUCCCAUGAUCCAAAUCCUGGAAAAUUUUGACAACUGAUAGACCUGUCAGCAUUCCACUGUGAUAUUUUGAGCCUAUUAACCAAAAAGAAAAAUGACACUGCAGUGUGCUGCCAGUUCAUCUUUUCAGCAAAUAGCAAUCAAAAUGAAUCAACUAACAACCAAAAGUUCUGCACAAUAAGAGGACCAUUUUUGUGCAGAUUCCCAGUGUAGCACCAUACCUUUUUUACCCAUUCAGAUGAGUGCUCAGAUGAGGAUCCAGCAAGACAAAUGGAGGGCAAGAAGCAGGCCUGCCAUCUAUGAUGCUGUGAGACACUGACCUAAAUAAAUACAGAAACAUUCUCCAGUGUAAGAAAUCAAUAUCAUUAUUAAAUUGCUGUAAAAAUUGAGGAUACUUUUAAAUGUGGGCUCUCGAGGACUUUAGGUCUCAUGGGACAGGACAUAAGAGGGCACAGAAUGUAUUUGCACCAUUCUUGUGAAACUAUUCUAAAGCACUUUAUAGUUAUUCUAAAUACAGAUUGAUGAGUUAUAGUACCAAACUGCAGCCAGUUCAACAAUAAUUCCAGACUUGCUGCUUUACACAGUAUUUUCAAGUGAAAGUGGAAGAGCAUCUAUUAAAUGAUAGUAAAAGAUACUAGAAAUGAAUGUGGGAAUCAGGUUCUGAAGAAUGGCACAUGGUAGUUUAGGGCUUCACUUUUCGGGGAGGUACAAGAAAGUUUUUAUUUCUAGUGGCAUGACUCUUCAAAAUACACUGUACUUUCAUCUAGAAAAGCAUGUGAGUGUAGGUAUAUUGUCCCUCUAGUAUCAGAAUUUGUGUGGGAGACCUGUGUUUUUUCAGUAGGUGGUGUACUCCCCUGUUCUAGCAGAGAACAAGGAUUAAUAUGUUGUGGAAGGUGCCAUCUGCCAAAUGUGAUGGAAUGAACUCAGAGUUUUAUUAAGAAUGAUCUUUUAUUCCUUUACUGGAGCAGCUCCAGCAUGGUCAGCCUCUUACAGGCUAUAUAAAGAGAUCAGGAACAGAAAAUUUCACUUAAUCUGAAAAUCAGCAGUAAAUCAGCUACUAAUACUUUGUUUUCUAACAGGCUGCAUAAAACAAUCUUUUCAAGAACAUAUGAGCAGAAUUAAAAAUUACAAGUAUAACUACACUGAUUAGACUAAAUAAUCUGUCAUCUUUUUUAAUAUAUACAAAUUUAAAGAGAUGUAAGAACUGAAAUUCACCAUCACCACAUACUCGUGGCUUUGACAAGAAUAUAUUUUUGUCAUAAGAAUGAUCCACUCAGUUACUUUUUCUCUGCCUAAAAGUGACUGGCUCUAUUAUUAGUAGCAUUAAGCAUAAUGUUUUAAAAGAUUUAAGGCUGUAAUAAAACAUUCAGUGGAAGUAUUUCAAAAACUGGGGGGUAUAAGUCAUAGGCUCCUGUUUGGCUACAUGCAGAUGUGUGGGUAUCUAUGCUAAAAUAUUAUCCAUAAAUUUAACCAGUUUUCUCAUAUAUGCCAGGACUGCCAUUCUAACUGCAAUUUUUGUUUGCCUCUCUAAACUUCUGAAAUUACUGCUCAUAUCUCAGAAAAGGGAUGGACCAACUUCCUGUUAAGACAAAAUUGCUUCUACCUUUUGAUCUCAAAAAACCUAAAAUAAAAAAAAAGUCAUGAAAAAUUACUUUAAGUGACAUAGUCUAAAAUUCCAGUAAUAAUGUUAUUAUGUUAUUUAAUUUUUUUUAAUGAGGAUGUCUGGUGAAGCAAUAUACUUCCGUAAAUACUCAAAAAUAUAUUGAAACAUAAGAAAUGUAAUAUAGAAUCUAACUAGUUGUAUAAGAAAAAGUUACAUCAUUUUUAAUAGCAUGUUACCAUGGUUUUAUUUGAAAAAGAGCCACAAAGAAGAGUAAAAAUACAAUCUAAUAUUGACCUCUUUUGUACAUUUUUGACAAGAAUUGAUGACUGAGAGAGACAUUUUUCUAAAGUUAGUAGGAUUCACAAUUUUGCAGGACAUUUCUAAUUGUUUAACUCUACCUUUCUUCAAGGCCUAAACUGUUUCUUGAGCAAUAUUGUUUUAUUUUAUAUGUGUUGUUAUUAAUUCCAGAGGAAGAUUAUUCUUAAAUUAUUAAAAAAUGUACAUUAUGAAGACUACACCAACUCUGAGAGAUUGAUUCUCCAUAGGAAAACACCUAAGAGGUAUAGAAUGGAGAUGCACAUUUUUUGUCAUAUAUUGGGUUUUUUUGACAUACAUACUAUUGUAAAAAUGCCGAAACAGUUUAAAGGCUCAAAUUUGGUUUUCCUUGAAGUCUGCUGUAAAAUGCUGUUAAUAUUCUCUUGGAGCAAGAGCAGGUCCUUUGUAGGCUAUUUUCUGGUUAAAUUAAUCCUGAUCAGCAAGCUUGUAUUUCUUAACUACCAUAGUAUUAAAAUGUUUACAAUAAAAUUUGAGUUGUUUUUAAUAUUUUGCAGUCAUUUCACUAGAUUUUGCUUGGUGAAAAUAAUUUUUUUCAUUCAGUGUAUUCUAUGAUACAGUGAAUCUCUUUUGUUUCUGCUUGGGGUGCAGCAAAGGUUUGCUGAUUUUUUUCACUACUGGGAUUAACUUUUUUUUAUAUUAGCAGCCUAUUAUUUGUUUCAGUACCUUCCAGGCAGCUUUUGUCAGAAAUCAUCUGGGGGCAUGGUCUGGAUCUUAACAUAUUCCAAUAAUUAAGAAUUCUCAGUACUGGUGCUGUUAGUCAAGACCUUUUAGCUGUUGAAGACAGCAGAAAUCCAGGACAAGACUUAGGUAUCACUUUUACAGGCAAAAGACCUUCAUGCCUACUCAGAAGUGUGUGUUUUUUUGUCAACCAGUGGGUAUGUUUGUUGCUCCCCUAUCUGCCAAAGGUUCAGUCAUCUUGCUCCUCUCAUGAGACAAUUCUAAAAAAAAAAUCCCAAAAAAUAGCUGCUUAGGGAGCAGCUGCUCUGAAACUCAGCAGAGUCUUUCAUGGCUUGGGUCUGCCUACAGAAGACCAGAUCCGAGUUAAGCUUUUUCCAGUAUUCUACAUAUACACCUUGUGUUUUUAUCACAUGUCAACAACCUCAGUUAGUGAUACUGAGAUGGAGAAGAAGGAAGAACCAGAGUUUAGGUGUGUUUUGUCAUUUUUAGAGAAAAUUAUUGCUGAUAACAUGGGAAUAAGAUUAUCUAUUGUAGCCAUCAUCUGACAAGUAACUGUCUUCGUGGUGUGUAGUGUUGCUUUUGUGGAUGUGUUUUCAGUAUCUUUUGUUCUUUGCAAUCCUGACAACAUUAUAAUUAUGAGAUGCAUGUUCUCCUCUGGGGAAUUCCAGGUCACAGAUCAACAGAAAAGAAGGAAAGGACAUUAAGAGCAUCUUCUGGUGUUCGGCCCCAAACCUGGGCAGAGGCUGUGAGGAAAGAUGCUUUGGAUUGCUCUAGAUAUGGACCAAGGCACCAAGCUAUCCUUAGAGAUGCCUUUUAUUUACCAGAAAGUUCUAAGGCAGACAGUAAUAGUAUAAGGACUUAAAGAUCACAGUUUUCUCUCUCAUACACAGAAAGACUUUGCCAUGAGAUAAGCACAGAAUGGAGUGACAGAAUGGCCUAACUCCGAGCCUGCACGAUCUAGCCAGCACAUCCUGGGUCAUCUAGACAAAAAUUCACACUGUGGCAAAGAAUGUAAAGAAGUUGCUGCUCAUAUGCUUAUCACCAGUCAAAGAAAGAUCCUGAUCAGCAGGUUAUAGGACAACUGGCAUCUACAACCACCAUGCCUCUGUGGACACCUGAAACUUGGGCUGUGAAUUAAGACAUCAUGAGGAAUACAUGAGAAAAGAUAAAGUUGCUGAGUGUUAUUUCAGGCCUAGGGUGAAGUAAACAAAGCUGGGGAAGAAGAAUGUAUCAGUGAUAAUGGCUGAAUCUAUGGGCCAGGAAGAAAGUCAACUCGCCAGCUGUGCUUAAGUCAGUUCAGGCUGGGUAAAAGGUAAUUCUGGCAGGCAGAGAUUGCAGCCACCAACUCACAACCCAGACAAAGACUGAGCAUGGGACUAAAUGGCAUUAGAAGUGAGGGAGUCCUUUAACCAAUAGAUUAAGAAAACUGUGUAAACAAUGACCAUUAGUUCCUUUGCUUACAAAAAUGUAUAAAUAGUGAAAAGCUUUGAAUGACUUCAGAACCCCUGCCACCAAGAAUCUGGGUUAAGAAGAACCAAAAGGACACCUCUGGAUCCAUGGGUGGUGACUAUCUUCUUCUCUCUCUCUCUCUCCCUCUCUCUUUCACUCUCAUUUUAUUGUUAAAUAAAAUCUGUUUGGCAUAUGGUCCCAUUUGCACCUUAGUUCAGGCCAAGGCUUCUUUCAGUAAUAGGAUCCUUAACAAGCUGUGAGGUGGAUUUAAAACGAGCUUGAAGAGCAAGCUCAUAGUGCUGCAGUUAAACGUGGCACAAAGUCUACUUGGAGGCAAGUAGCUAGUGGUGUAUCCUAGAGAACAAACCUGGGUCCUGUCCUGUUCAUCAUCUUCAUUAAUGACCUGGAUUCUGGGGCAGAGCAUACCAUCAGAAAGCUGCAGAGGACAAAACAGGAAGAGGUGGAUAAUAUACCAGAGGAUUGUGCUGCUGUCCAGUGGAACUUUGAGUGGCUGGAGAAAUGGACUGACAGGAGCAUCAUGCUGUUCAACAAGAGCAGUCUUGCACCUCGGAACAGCUCCCCCAUGCCUCAAAACAUGCAGGAGGUAACCCAGCUGGAAAGCACCUCUACACAAGAAAACCUGGGAGUUCUGGUAGACUUCAAACUUAAUAUGAGCCAGCAGUGCAUCCUUGCGUCAAGAAGGCUUAUGCUAUCCUCAGAUGCAUUAGGCAGAGUGUGGCCAGCAGGUCACAGGCCACUCUGCUCAGGCCAUCAUGAGCCACGAUGAGGCCAUCUUAGGGGGGGCUCUGUCCAGUUCUGGGCUACCCUGCACAAAAGGGAUAUAGAGUUAUUAGUGAGAUGCCAGCAAAGGACCACUGAAAUGAUUAAGGGAGUGAAGUCUCUCUCAUAUAAGUAAUUCUGUGAAAUCAUCAUACAAGAAUUGACUGGUUGAGGACUAGAAUAAGUGAAUUGCUCAAUAAGGGGUAAAUAAAACAGAAAUGUCACGGAGAACAUCAUGUUUUCCCUUCAAACCAAAAGGUAGUACAAUGUUGGAAAAACAUGGCUCACAUUUUUGUCCAUUUCUAUACUUUUCUGUACAUAUCCACCUAGGAUUAAUUACCAUUUUCUUUUCUUUCACUGUUAUCUUGAUUCAAUACAACCAGUCUCUCUUUGGUAACCAGUUCAAUCUUUAAGGGGUUAUUUUUCUUCCUACUGAUUGAAAUCUGUGGUUGUUACAGUUCUCUGCAGUACUCAGAAGGGUACUAAGCAAAGAAUCACAGAAGGCUUAGUUAUAUUAUUUCCAUAUUAGUCAUCUUAGUUUCAGAAAUCGAUAUGCCAACUUUAUAUCUAAACUUAUUAUUUAAAUGUUAAAGUCUAAAAUCCAAUUUUUUACAGGUAAGGGUUUAAAUUCAAAUUUCAAACAGCACCUCCUAAUUUUGUCUGCCUCAAUUUGUCAUUCCUAAUAUGAGACCUAUAUGUAGAAUUGAAGAUCACAUUUCUCCAAAAUGGGUUCUUUAGGAUUUCUUAUGUUGGGAUCUAAAGCCUUAAAUAUAAGUGCUUAUGAUGGAUUUCAGCAGUGAUCUAGAUCCCAGCAGAAUCAAUGAGAGUCAUCACUGUAAAAUCUAGCUUCUCAUAUACAGCUGCAAGUGGAUUUGUGUCUUACAAACUUUUUGUACUACUGUAAAACAUAUUUUGAUGGCAUUUCUGGAGUUUUCAGAAUUUCUUCUGAAAGCAAGUUCAAAUUUUAUAUUUACUGAAAUUUGAUUACUCUAUGACUGAAACUAAACUAAAUCUCCAGAGUCUUAAAUGUAUUAGGAUUUCUUUGUUGCUGUGAUAUAAUCCUGGAAAAUAAAUACUGUCUAUAUUAGCUUAGUAAAACUACUUAGUUAAAAAUAACUUAAUAAUAAUCUAUUUAAUUUUAUACCAAACAUCUUCUUUGGUUGAAGUAUUUCUACAUUUCUGAUGAGGCAUUAAAGUGUAGACCUAUUUGAAAGUACCUUCCACCAUUACACUGUGGAAGUUUAAUCAUAAAAUGUAAUAAUGUAUAAUUGAAGACAUUCAACUUUUCACUCGAUCAUAAUUUUUUGCAGUUUUUUUAUUGUUAAAAAGAAGUUCCUAAAAGAAUACCAAGGGUAUGUAUAAUCCCAUAUUUUGGUUUUACAAAAAUUAUUUUUUACAGACAAAUUCUUCAUGACAAACUUCAUCUCUGAUGAACACUGAAGAAAAUGUCCUGACUAAGCUGACAAAUUUGAUCAGAAGAAUGCUUCUGUACAAGUCAUCAGACUGACACUGGGAAGAAAAAAAAAAGCUCGGGGCUUGCUUCUCAAGGAAAGACUGUCAUCAGGACAGAAUUAUGUAGGAGACCAAAUGGAUUUCCUUGUCUUUUGAGUGCCGUGCAGGGAACUCUCUAAUCUCCCCUGGCACUUUGGGGUCCUCAAUUAAGCAGGAGUCCUAUAACAAGUCCUCAGGAGUUAUACAGGGCAUCUGAUGGCACACAUUGAUUUUCCUUUUCUGCUACUUUAAAAGAUUCCCCAAUAUUCCCAGGUUCUUUGAAGUAUUUUGGUUCACCUAUGACUUCUGGACUCUAUCCAAAGAAGGCAAGAUGAUGUACUGCUAAUUUUCAUUGUUUUCUCUCCUUUGGGGCUGCUCUUCUGUUUCAAUCAGUUGGUUUUGCUAAAGCAUGACAUACCCCUCUCCCAAAAUUCUGAACUUAUACCUAGUUGGGAAUCUUAACCUGACUUAUUCCACAGCCUUUAAUGAAAGUUGUGGCGUAUAUAAAUGGAAGGAAAAUAUAUAUAUGCAUGAUAAAGAGGAAUAAAACACCUUGUUGUACUAGAUAUAAAUAAAACUCAAGAUCUUUUCAAAGGAACUCCUGUGUCCCUGUAAAAAGAGAUGCCAGGAGCCACAGUGUGGUUGGUUCUUGCAAGAAAGCAAUUAUGAAGUGUAAAAUAGCAGAUAAGCAAAGGACAACAAAGCAACUGCUUCCAGGGAGGUACUGGAUAUCAGUACUGGGUAGCAGUGCCAAAUACUGGAUGAAUGCCCUUCAGCUUGGCUUAGUAAACUCAAGAUCAGUGUUUACAGCACAUUAUUUUCCUGACCACUGCCUAGAAAACAACUGAAUUUUCCCUCAGUUCUGUUUGAGGCUGGUAGGAACAGAAGAGUGGCUUAUGAACCUGUUUGCUUGUUGUGUCUGUGAAGAUGAAACCCCUCAAGGUCUUGGCUCAGCCUGCCUAGACCUGAUCUUCUUAAGGGCUCUUUACACAUUGGUCCUUGGUCAGGAAAGUAUGCUGCUUCAUUCAGAAUUGUUCAUGAUACAUAGAAAUGUUACUGAAAAGGCCCCACGGGACUGUUCAAAAUUUAAAAUUUAUCUGUUAGCACUUCCUGUAAUAUUGCAGCAGCAGUCACUGUCCUGUGUGCACUUAUCUAACUAGUUUUUUAAUUUAAAAGAUAUUCUGGAACUCAAUACUACAGAUACCUCUCUGGUACUCAACAGCAAUACUGCCUUCCCUCAGCCACAUUUUUUAUUGUCCACUCUACUUUACAAUGUAAUGAAAGACUCCUUCAGCUUCAUGCUGUUGACAUCUCAAUACUAAUUUACAAAUUAAAUAAAUUUCCUCCUGGGAUUUCUAGGUUGAUGUUAUACAAGACAUACAAAUCAUUAUGCUACUGUAUUAGUGAUGGUUUAUUUAAAUUUGCACUUUGGUUUUAGGGUGAGAAAACUGACAUAACUAUAUUCUGACUUUUCAGUAGAUUCCAUUUUAACUUUUUAAUAAUCUAUUUCAUUUUCCAUCUAACAUUUUCAACAUUUAGUUGAAGUAUUUCCACAUCUCCAUUAAAUCAUUAAAAAUACUCAGGCAAUAACUUAAAAAUACUCCAUAUGCAAUACAUUAUCCUCAAACAAGAUAAUAAAGCAGAGAAUGUAAAUGACACCAAUAAAAGGAUUUGAUACUGAUGAAAACAUUUAAAAUUAAUUAUUUCAAAUCCUUUCUACUCUGUCAUUCAAAAAAGAGUAUUAAAAUGCUAAUCAUGUAAUAUAUUCCACUGUUUCUGAGCUGGAGAAUGAAAUUCAGAUUGUGGAGACAGGAAAUCUCAUGUAGCUUUACUGUAUUACCUGUAUAAAGUGAAUGAUAUUAGAUAUUGACAGAAAAAAUUAGCUGACCAUCCUGGUAAAUUAAAAUGGAAAUGAAAUACUUUAAAAAAUCCUAUGUAAUACCUACCUACCUAAAGUAACCCCUGGUUGGGGGAUAGUAACUCUUCAUAUAAUCAGGCAGCUACCCAAGAAAUAUUGUUUACACUUACAAUCAAAGUGUGAAAAUAACUGAAAUUCUCAAAAACCUGUCUUUAAUCCAUGCAGUAUAAAUCCUUGGGGAGAUGCAUGAUUCCAGAAUUCAUUACCAGUCAGAGCAUGGCAUCAAAUGGUGCCUGCAAGACAACACAUUCCAAUUAGAAACAUAUGAGGUAAGAAUGUGUUUGCCUUGCAGAUAGCUAAUGUAUGCAUUUCAGCUGUCAGAAGUUAAAGUAGUUCUAAAAUAAUUUGAAUUAAAUUUCAGGGGAGGAAGAAUAUGCUAAUUUUCUUUUACAUCUUAUCAAGCAGAGAAUGUGUUAAUGUUAAGAAGUUAAUGUUAAAUUAUAUCCCUCUCUGGUUCCAUCUUAUAGAUUUGGAUUCCACCUUUCAUCUUUUUUAAAACUUGGGAAUUAAAAGAACAUAUAAGUUAAUAAAGCAGCUCUGUGGUCACAGAUUUUUCCAAUGCAUAUACUGCAAUUUCACAUGAACAGCAAUUGCAAGACCUACAAAAUCAUCUGAUAGUUUUCUAUUACACUCACCUAGGAAUCAAGCCUCACAAACUAAUUUUUGUCAUGAAGAUUAUGAUUUAAAUUCUAAACUACAAAAAUGACAUAAUGGUAUUAGACUGUCAAGCUGUACUACUAUUUUAUCUCUAGUUCUGCUUAAGACAGAAAAAUAGUAUAAUGAUAACAAUAGCAUAAAUCAAGAUAUCCUUCUCUUUCCCUGGCUAUUAUUCCUGAAUUGUUUUAUUUUCAGAGUAAUUUAAAGGUCUGAUUCUCAUUAUUUUCAGUCUCUAAAAACAAGUUGUUCAGAACUUCCAUUUUUCAUGCAGAGUCUAGUAAGAGUGCUCAAUGUGCAAAUCACUUGGGGCUUCUCAAGUUAAAGGCACUCUUACAAACACUGGGGAAUCUACAAAUGCAAGUAUUACAGUGUUAAUAUAACAGGUUAACACAUUUUUUGGCAACAAUAACUAAAUUCUUAUUACCAUAAUUUAAAUCAAAGGACAGCCAAAUUAUAUAUACAUGACUUGUAUAGAUACUGACUAAAUUCUUUAUCUACUUAAAAACACCCCCACAACAUGCCCCUACCCCUGGGGAAGCAUUUACUGCUUUACAGGAAGUUUAACAUUAAAAGGCUUUCAGGAAUGUCUGUGGCCCACUGGCUGGAAGGACAUUUCUGGAAGAUUCCUACUAGCUUCCACAUACUGCUUAGGUAAGUACCCACAUUAGGAAAAGGAGAAAAUGUCUAAACCCUUAAAUAGAGCACAGAGCAAAAACAUAGGAAGCAGCAAAAUAUAAACCACAAUGUUAUUUAGUAAACAGAAUUUCUGGCUUUUGCACCAAUUGAAAAGAAAGUUGAGUUUAUUUCACAUCUCAGUUUUUUUAAAAAUACAAGUAAAGCAAUCCAAGAGUUAUUACACAAAGUCAAGAAAUAUUUCCAUUGUUAGUUAGCAUCAUCAGUAAUCAGCAAUGAGACCAUAGCAACCAUACUUUUUUAUUCAAAAUGAUGUUAGUAAAGACUCUGGACUGUCUCUUUGAAAACUACUACCAUAAUCAGCCUUAUGUCAGAGAAACAUUACAGCUGUUACAUAGGAUUAAUACAAAAAUUAUAUUUUUAACUUUAUUAAAAUUAUUUUGCUUUUAAACAUUAAUAAUUGGCAGGUUUCAUUAUCAGGUAACAUUAUCAGGUAACAUUAAUAAAAAUGUAAUAAUGGUGUUAAAUUUUUUCAAAUCUUCAAAAUACAACAACUGUAGGUAAUUUUCUUCCUGAAAGGCAUAGCAGUUGGUUGAACAACCACACAGUAAACAAGUCACAGUAAAAGUACAAAAUCAAGGACUUCAAAGAGAAAAUAUCAAGUCCUAGAAAAGAGAGUCUUGUAAACAGAUAAGGAUGAAGUCCUGAUUCAGCAAUGAAUGUUGUCCAUCAGCCCCUUCUUUUUAACCUACCAUGACAGACAAAUCUACACUCUCACUAGGCCAUUUUAUGUAAUGCUGCAAUAGCCAUACUGCACCUGAAAUUGUUCUGCUUUUCCCACAUUUUGGUGCAGGAAUCCUCAUGUGGACUAGAGCCAGCAUAGCUGGCUGCGUCCUGUACCACUUGGCAUUAGGAAUCAUACAGAUGGCAGGCAGCAUGGUCAGGUGACAAUGCAAACUGUCCAUGGUCUGCCAGAAUGGGCUCUGAGUGACUGUUUUGAAAGUGGAUAUUGAGUGUCCGCACUUACCCAAAUAUUUUUGUUUACUCAGAGGAAUGAACAGUAAUAUAAAAUUAAUUAAGUCUGUACUUUCCAAAGAUCCUUGACACCUAACUACCCUUAGAAUAGCAGUGUCUUUGAUGGAUAAUGCAUGUGUUAAUCACAGAUAACAAUAAUCUUUUUCUGCAAUUUAGUGGCCAGAGGGCUUCAGGAAAAGGGGUUAAACAUAUCCUCCUUCAAUCAAAACUUUCCUUGUCCACAGCAAAUGUUCUAAGCACUAGAUAAACAUAUAGGUAUGUCAGCGAGAAACACCACUUUCUUUCAGUGUCAAAUGAAAGAAAGGCUCCGUAUUUACUGGACUUUAUGAUCUUAAGGGUUAUUUUCAGCCUCAAUAGUACUACCUGAAUUUAAAUACUUUAUUAAGUACAGAAGAUGGAGUUUCUAAGUUUCAGUUUCACUGAAAUUUAUUCUGUAAGUUAAAUGCUUUAGUCAGGAAUAUAUGAGAGAAGAGGAAGAGAGGCAAAUACUGCUCUUGGAUAUGCCUUUCACAUUCUAGAGGCUGUUUCCCAAGUCAUCAGAUGACUAUUGUAAUCUGUGUUGAAAAACUAGAAGAUCUGAGUAUGUUGAUACCUUAAGCUUUUUUAAAUCAUGAUCAUGUAUUAAUUCAGUUCCUAGACAACAACUUUUGUUUGUAUGUCUUAGAAGAAAUUUUCCAGUGUUCCAAAAGCAGCGGCAAUUUGAUGAGGCUACUUUCUGUGAAAUCCUUCAAUAAUUAAAUAAAUGCAGCUAAAACCAUUGUCUAUUUAAAAUGUCUUAAUAUUUAAUUAAUGCAAUAGUAUAUAUGAAUGUGCUUACUAGGUGUUUUUAUAGUUGGUGUAUGUUGGCAGAAGGUAUUAUUAUAGUACUAAGAAUAUCAAAACCAGAGUAUAUCAAAUUAAUGCAUGUACUUCUCUUUUAAAUUAUCAUAAGGAAAAAUAUUGGUGAGAUGAGUGGAUCAAGAGCAGCCCUGCCCAGAAUGAUUUAGAGGUGCUGGUGGCUGAG